CUCAACCUCUCCGAACAACCAAAUCUCUUGACAACACAUGCAAAUGGCAAGCGCAACAAUGUCUUCUCACUUGUCCAGCUACUACAUCACCAUUUUUUUACUACUAGCACUGGCUUCACUGUGCACACCGAGCGUAGCUAACGAAGAUGGCAGCAACGGCAGCGACCCGGACUCCCGUCGCCGUGCACGUGCCGCAGCCACCGUUUUCGAGCUCCUGUCGGUGCACAACGCGGCGCGGCAGGCGGUCGGGGUGCCGCCCCUUGCAUGGAGCGGUCAGAUCGCCGGGUACGCAAAGAGCUACGCGCAGUCACGGCGCGGAGACUGCGCUCCGCGCCGGUCCCCGCUGUUCUACUUCGGCGAGAACCUGUUCGUGGGGAAAGGCCGGCACUGGAACGCCACGUCGCUAGCCGCAGCGUGGGUGGACGAGGGACAGUGGUAUGACUACGAAAGCAACUCGUGCGCGGCACCGCCCGGUGCUGGGUGCGGGCACUACACCCAGGCGGUGUGGCGCAACACCACGCAGCUCGGGUGCGCCAGGAUCGUGUGCGACUCGGGCGACACGUUGCUCGUCUGCGACUACUUCCCUCCGGGCAAUUACGGAACCGGCAGGCCGUACUAAUCGUGAACCUGUCGAUGCACAACGCGGUGAGGAGAGCGGUCGGCAUGCCGCCACUUUUGUGGAACACAACACUGGCCACGUACACCAGCACCUCAGGACCGGCCCUAGGGGGCCGAGCGGGGUGACCGCUCUGUCUCUCCAAAACUCAGAGCAAUUUCAGCGGAGUUGUUAUCCUGGUGUUACAGUGUUUUUCGAUCGCUCUUGUCCGUCAUCCGUCCUCCAACAGGGUUGCUUUC